UCACUUCUUUUCAUAGCCUAUUACAUCGGUUAUUUUAGACGUCAUCCCUCCCAAUCCCCUUUGACAGACACACAUCAUCUCCAUCCAGAUUGUUGGGCGGAAAAGUGGGCAGUGAUCAAAUGGGAUUUUAUAUCUGGCGUCACUUUCUCUUAACUCCCUCGUUUCUCACCGAGCUUCAGAGUCGCUCGGACCGCAAUCCAUACUCCCCUCAUACCUGCGCACAGCAUCCACAGCGGCUUCCCUGUGUAGUCGCACUGCAGCAAGCAGAGUGGAGCUGACGAAAACUACUUUUUACAGCCGAGAAGUCAAUCCAUCCCGCAUCAGCUGAAAUGCUGCUGAGAAGAAGCCGACAUGUCCAAAUAUUUCCACUUCUCAUUGAAGUCUGCCGCCUCACUCUGGCAUUCCCCACACAAACUCCAUCUGCAUUUGAGAAUGUCCGGCAGCUCCAGGUGAACAUCCCUCACUCAGGUCCGGUUUCCGCCCCACUGGGCAGCUCCAUCUCCAUCCCCUGCUUGGUGUCUCUGUCCUCUUCCUCCCCUGUUGCACCGCGGGUGAAGUGGACCGUGGUGUCCGGUGGCGUAGAGACGCAGAUCUUGGUGGCGCGGGGUCAAAGGGUGAAGGUCAACGAGGUGUACCGAGACCGCGCUGCCUGGCUCAACUACACUUCCUCCCCUGAUGAUCUGUCACUGUGGCUGGGAGAUUUACGCUCCAGUGACUCGGGUCAUUACCGCUGCGAGGUGCAGCAGGGCUUGGAGGACGCCAGUGACCUCGUACAACUCAAAGUCAAAGGUGUUGUAUUCCACUACAGAGAUGCUUUGGGCCGCUAUGCGUUUUCUUUCCAUCAGGCCCAGAGGGCUUGUGUGGCCAUUGGGGCACAAAUCGCAACUCCUGACCAGCUGCUUGCGGCUUAUUAUGACGGCUACGAGCAGUGUGAUGCAGGCUGGCUGGCAGACCAGUCUGUCAGGUACCCAAUCCAAGUGCCCCGUGAAGGUUGUUAUGGAGACAUGGAUGGUCAACCAGGAGUGAGAAACUAUGGGACAAUGGAUCCAGAUAAUUUGUUUGAUGUUUACUGUUACGUGGAGGAAGCUGAUGGGGAGCUGUUUUAUGACACCAUUCCACAGCAGUUGUCAUUUGACAAAGCGCAAUUAUACUGCAGAGCUAGAGGAGCAGAGCUGGCCACAACAGCGCAGCUGUACUUGGCAUGGAGUGAAGGUCUGGAUCGUUGCAGCCCUGGUUGGCUGUCUGAUGGUAGUGUGCGCUACCCUAUCAUUGCCCCAAGAGAGCGCUGUGGAGGGCCCCAGCCAGGCGUCAAAACCCUUUAUCGCUUUAGCAACCAAACUGGCUUCCCAGAGCCAUCCAGCCUUUAUGACAUGUAUUGUUUCAAAGAUAGUAAUUCUGCCACCGACUCUCCCAUUGAAUUUGUGGCCACAGAGCCUGAGGACAUUGGACAAGAUGUUGUUAUUCUUAUGGAAACAGAUCAAGAGCUGCAACUGAAGCAACAUUCAGAACAAGUGGAGCUCAAAGCUCAAAGGGUAUUUGAAUCUUUUCCCCUUUUCUCCAGUUCUUCCACUGAGGCAAAUGACACGCACCCAACAGUUAGAUCAGAUACAACCGAGUCUCCUCUCCACACCACACCUACUGGGAAUGUCCUCCAGGCAUUGAAUGAAACUUCAUCUACUACAGAAAUGAGCUCCCAGCAUCCUACAGCACUUAUGAGCAGCACUAUUAGCACCAGAGACACCUACGAUGCCCUACAAAACACAUCAUUACCAUCCAGCGAUUACAAUGAGACAGAUUCCCAACAUAACUUGAACUUCACCUUUCACCAGUCUAAGCCUGAAAGCACCACAGGGUUUCCCGAACCAUUAUAUGAACCUCACACACAUAACCAAACCGUUGCAGAUACUCAUCCUGAACUGAAUACAUCUGAGAGGCCAAAGGAUUCCCAAGAAAUACAAAAGAUCAACUUGCAUUUUGACAGAUCGCAAGGCAAUUAUAGUGAAAAAGACAGCAAUCAUGCCCAAGAGGAGAGCUCCUGGGAGGUGACGUCAAUGACCCUUGACCCUGUAGUUCAAGUGAAGAUGGAAGAGGCAGCAGCAGUAGAAGAUUCUGUGCAGGUGUUACUCUCAACUCAGGCCUCAAAAGAUGAAGGAGAACUUCUUUCACAACCAGCAAAAACUACAAAAUCUUCCAAUAAUGAGCAGACCUUAUUGUGGGCACAUCUGGAUGGGUCUGGAGAUUUUUCUCAAGAAAGGGAACUUGACAUUGAAGAUGCUGGCUUCAUCUCCACAUCAGAUUCUUCAACUUCCAGCUUUACCACUCUCCCGUCACAUCCUGCUUCUGCUAGCAGUGCUCCUACUGAGCCUCAGACUGCAAUCCCUGAUCUAAUCUUCUCAUCUGGGCCACAGCAUUCUGACAAACUGGGCUUGGAUAUCCUCACCACAGCACCACAGUUGUGGGACUCCUCCAUUUCUAGACAAGAGGGAAGUACAAGUUUAGAAUUUGAAGAAACAGUCACUUUGGAAAGUGAAGAAAAACUUGUAUCUGGAGUAAGUUUAGCUACAACUGAGUCUCCAGAGGAGUUGUACACUCCUCACUUGCCUACUGAUUCCUCCAAAGCACGGUUUCACACAUCCGGUUACAGACUGUAUUUGGAUACUGUGACCACUGGAUAUGAAGAGGCAAGUGGACAUGAACUUGCUACAGUUACUGCAACCCUUGUAGAAGAUGUUAAAGUUGCCCCAACCAUUAAAGGGGAUGUUAAAGUGACCCCAAUCCUUGAAGAAGAAAAAGAAGUUUCCUUUUUUCUUGAAAAAGAAGUUAACGUUACCCCAACCCUUGCCCUUAAAGAAGAAGCUAGGGAUACCCCAACCCUUGAAGAAGAAGCUAGCAAUAUUUUAACCCUAGAAGAAGAAGCUAGCGUUGCCCCAACCCUUGAAGAAGAAAUGAAGAUUACCCCAACACUUAAAGAAGUUGACAUUACCCCAACCCUUGAAGAAGAAGUUAAGAUUACCCCAACACUUAAAGAAGUUAACAUUACCCCAACCCUUGACGAAGAAGUUAACGUAACCCCAACCCUUAAAGAAGAAGCUAGUCUUGCUCCAACCCUUGAAGAAGAAGUUAAGAUUACCCCAACACUUAAAGAAGUUAAUAUUACCCCAAACCUUGACGAAGAAGUGAACGUUACCCCAACCCUUAAAGAAGAAGCUAGUCUUGCUCCAACCCUUGAAGAAGAAGUUAAGAUUACCCCAACACUUAAAGAAUUUAAUAUUAACCCAAACCUUGACGAAGAAGUGAACGUUACCCCAACCCUUAAAGAAGAAGCUAGUGUUGCUCCAACCCUUGAAGAAGAAGUUAAGAUUACCCCAACACUUAAAGAAGUUAAUAUUACCCCCAACCUUGACGAAGAAGUGAACGUUACCCCAACCCUUAAAGAAGAAGCUAGUGCUGCUCCAACCCUUGAAGAAGAAGUUAAGAUUACCCCAACACUUAAAGAAGUUAACAUUACCCCAAACAUUGACGAAGAAGUUAACGUUACUCCAACCCUUAAAGAAGAAGCUAGUGUUGCUCCAAUCCUUGAAGAAGAAGUUGACUUUACCCCAACCCUUGAAGAUGAUAGCUUUGCCCCAACCUUUGAGAAGGACUUUAAUGUCUUUCAUCUCGAUUCACAAACAUCUAACUGGGAUUUUCUGCACACCACAACUGGACCCCAGGAGUCUCUGAAUGAUCUUGAGUACAGCAGAAAACAUCCCUCCAUCACCUCCACAGCAGUUUCUGAGUCUUUCUCAGGUACAAAACCCACUGCUGCUACCACAAAGACGCUCACCACCACCAUCACAACCACCACGCACUGGUCCAGACGCACAUGGAGCCCAACCACCUCAGCUCCCAAUGUUUUUCGCAAGACAGCUGAGCCCCGGAAGGUGACAACCUUCAUACCACCUGUGGAUCAAGGUCUGGUGGAUGUUGAGUUUAGUCUCACCCAGCCGCCCACCCUGCUUAUCUUGCCCAAUGAGAGGGCAGCUGUAGGCGGGACAGGGAAAAUUUCAGAUGCAUGUUUGGAUGACCCCUGUCUCAAUGGAGGCACCUGUACUGACCGAGAUGGCAAGAUUCAAUGUCUUUGUUUGCCAACAUACGGAGGAGACUUCUGUCACACUGACUUGGAGCGAUGCGAACCGGGUUGGGAUAAGUUCCACGGUUUCUGCUACCGACACUUCAGUCAGCGUCUGAGCUGGGAGGUUGCAGAGCAGCACUGUCGCAUGCUGGGAGCUCAUCUGGUGUCUGUCAUAACCCCUGAGGAACAGAGUUACAUCAACAACAACUACAAAGAAUACCAGUGGACCGGUUUGAAUGAUAAGACCAUUGAGGAUGACUUCCGCUGGUCUGAUGGCAACCCGCUGCUGUAUGAGAACUGGUACAGAGGGCAGCCAGACAGCUAUUUUCUGUCUGGAGAAGACUGUGUAGUGAUGGUGUGGCACGAUGAUGGACGCUGGAGUGAUGUACCCUGCAACUAUCACCUUGCAUACACCUGCAAAAAAGGCACAUCCUCAUGUGGUCCUCCACCCAAGGUCCGAAACGCCUCCAUCUUUGGAAAAGUUCGACAAAGAUACGAGACCAACACAGUUGUACGUUAUUACUGCGCCAACGGUUUCCAACAGAAACUAAAUCCUCUGAUCAGAUGUCUGUCUACAGGAAGGUGGGAGAGGCCCAGGGUCCUGUGCAUCCCUGAGGCCGGAGGUUCAAUUCAACAGCCUGAAGGGACGUCACUGACCAGCAGCCACUCUGCUGCCAUUGAAGAUGAGUUUGAAGCCAAUAAAGAGACACCACAGUAUUGGGACAUCAAGUUUUGAAAAUCAGCCGUGUUUUCCUGACUUGUCUUCAUUUCCUAAAUUCUGCUGUUGUAACAUAACAAGGUGCCAAGAGUCAAAUCAUUUUUUUACCAAUGAACGCUCAUCAGGAGAAAAUGAACCACAGCAAAAUGCAAAAAGACACAAACUGAAGCUUUGUUUCAGCCAAGAAGCCUGAAUGCACAGCCAGGGUUGGUUUUCUUUUAAUGGAGUUAAAAAUUCCUACUUUUUUAAUGACCUCGAGAAUAUUUUCUACUGUAUUUUGUUUUAUCGUUCUGACUAGCAGAGCUUAAAAUAGGUUAAAGUAAAAAGAAAGAAGAAAUACAGUAAGUUCCUAAUUAUUGUCUAUUAUUGUCAAAUCUACGGAAAGAACAGUUCUCUUUGUGGUUUUUGUUAUACCAGGAACCUUUUUUAUGAAAUGGUGCUAAUGUCUUUAAAAACCUUUGUCUCGAAACCAAGAUUUUUGUUUCCCCUGCUUUGUCAAAGAAUCGUAUGACUCCAAAGCUGAACAAAUAGUCAAUAAGUACUUUACAUGUAUCAUUUUCACACCUGUUAUCAUUGCUGUCCACAUUGAUCUGAGGGAAACCUUUUAUUUCCGGCAGACGCAGUUUUGUUCGUCAGCUUUAUGUUGUAAUAAAGUUUUGUAGAACAGAGCAAAGAAUAAAUCGUUCUCUAAUGU